CUAGCUGCGCAGCCGUUAAGCCGCAAUCCCUAUAGUGGAGUACUGAAGUCCUGCUUCCAUGAAGCCGUUAACGGCAAGUUUUAUCUGUUCUCCCCGAUCCGACGCAUGAGUGAGGUUCCGACGCCGGCGCUCCACCUGGAACCCAAGUUAGGCAUGCAAGCCUGUGAAAGCUACGUCUUCUGAACCCUAAUCAAGCUGUAAGGACAACAAUGAGUGGAAACGAGUUCAGGUUUUUCUUAUCAUGCGACAUCAAUCUUCCAGUUACGUUCCGAAUUGAACGGAUCGAAGGAAAAGUUCCUCCGUCUAAGCCCCAUGGUUCAGGUGAUGUGGAUACUAUCAAUACAAUUGACGAAAUGGAGCAUGAGCUAUAUGUAGAGAGCACAUUGUACAUUGAUGGUGCUCCCUUUGGACUUCCCAUGAGAACUAGACUGGAAUCUAGAGGUCCAUCUUACUGCUGGAAUGAGCUUAUCACAUUGAGCACGAAGUAUAGAGACUUAACUGCAAAUUCACAGCUUGCGCUUACAGUUUGGGAUGUUUCACGUGGAAAGAGUGAAGGAGUUAUUGGUGGGGCUACUAUGCAUCUUUUUAACAUGAAAAAACAACUGAAAACAGGGAAGCAUAAACUUAGGCUUUGGUCUGGUAUUGAGGCAGAUGGGUCUAUCCAUACAACGACUCCAGGGAAGGUUCCAAAGAAGGAACGCGGGGAAUUGGAGCGCUUGGAAAAGCUUGUGAAUAAGUAUGAGCGUGGGCAGAUCCAACGAGUUGAUUGGCUGGAUCGCCUUGCCUUCAAAGCCAUGGAGAAAAUCAAGGAACGAGAAAACAAUAACAAUGGAAGUUCUCACAUAUACCUGGUUGUUGAUUUUAGCAGUUUUGAACACAGAGUUGUUUUUCAGGAGUCAGGAGCAAAUUUCUUAUUGCCAUCUCCUAUAGCUUCAACAAAUGAGUUGGUUACUGUGUAUGACCCUGAAGUUGGAAAAAUAAAUCCAUCAGAGCACAAGCAGCUAAAGCUUGCAAGGAGCUUAAAUCGUGGAAUUAUUGACAGAGAUCUUAAACCAAGUUCUACUGAAAGAAAAUCAAUACAAAGGAUAUUAAAAUAUCCACCAACUAGAGCUUUGAGUGGUGAUGAGAGGCAACUUUUAUGGAAAUUUCGUUUUUCAUUAAUGUCUGAGAAGCGUGCUCUGACAAAGUUUCUCCGUUGUGUUGAAUGGAGUGAUGUUCAGGAAGCAAAGCAGGCAUUAGAGCUAAUGCAUAAGUGGGAAAUAAUUGAUACUUGUGAUGCACUAGAGCUUCUCUCUCCUGUUUUUGAAAGUGAGGAGGUCCGUGCCUAUGCUGUUAGUGUUCUUGAAAGAGCUGAUAAUGAAGAGCUUCAGUGUUAUCUCCUCCAAUUGGUUCAAGCUCUUCGAUUUGAGCGCUCUGAUAGAUCUCGGCUUUCCCAUUUCCUGGUGCAACGCUCAUUGCGCAAUAUCGAGUUGGCUAGCUUUCUUCGUUGGUAUGUUGCAGUGGAGCUGCAUGAUCAUGGAUAUGCAAAACGUUUUUAUUGUACCUAUGAACUUCUGGAAGAGAGCAUGUUGAAGUUGGUAGGAAGUGAAAAUGGAGACGAUGACGGUUUUAAGUUAUGGCAGAGUUUAGAGCGGCAGAAUGAAUUGACAGCUAAACUAUGUUCGAUAAUGAGAGGUGUUAAAAAUGUCCGUGGUGGGACGCAGAAGAUGAUUGAAAAGCUUAGGCAACUUCUUUCUGGCCUUCUUAGUGAGCUUACUUACUUUGAUGAGCCAAUACGAUCUCCUCUUACCCCAUACGUUAUUAUCACUGGGAUCAUUCCAUCAGAGUCAUCAAUAUUCAAAAGUAAAUUGAAUCCACUACGGCUCGCUUUCCGAACAGCAAAUGGUGAAUGUUGCAAGAUCAUUUUUAAAAAGGGCGAUGAUCUUCGACAAGACCAAUUGGUUGUUAAAAUGGUAUCUCUUAUGGACAGACUCCUCAAAUUGGAAAAUUUGGAUCUGCAUCUUACUCCGUAUCGAGUAUUGGCAACUGGACAUGAUGAGGGAAUGAUGGAAUUUGUACCAUCUAAGUCAUUGGCGCAGAUUCUUUCUGAACACCGCAGCAUUACGAGCUAUCUGCAGAAAUUCCAUCCUGAUGAGGAUGGUCCAUUUGGCAUUACAUCCACAUGUCUUGAAACCUUCAUUAAAAGCUGUGCUGGUUAUUCAGUCAUCACUUACAUACUGGGUAUUGGAGAUAGGCAUCUUGACAAUCUUCUACUCAGAGAUGAUGGCAGGCUUUUUCAUGUUGAUUUUGGUUUCAUUUUAGGUAAAGAUCCAAAGCCCUUUCCGCCGCCUAUGAAGCUUUGCAAAGAAAUGGUAGAAGCUAUGGGUGGAGCAGAAAGCCAGUACUAUACCAGGUUCAAAUCCUAUUGCUGUGAAGCUUACAAUAUUCUCCGGAAAUCAAGCAACUUAAUAUUGAACUUGUUUCAUCUAAUGGCGGGUUCCAAUAUCCCAGACAUAGCAUCUGAUCCUGAAAAGGGCAUUCUUAAGCUUCAAGAGAAGUUCCGGUUAGAUUUGGACGACGAGGAAUGCAUACAUUUCUUCCAGGACCUCAUCAACGAGAGUGUUAGUGCAUUAUUUCCACAAAUGGUUGAAACGAUCCACCGCUGGGCCCAGUAUUGGCGGUAAUGUAUGUAUGACAUGAUAAUACUAAGAAUAUGGAGGAAAAUUGAUCAGGUUUCUACAAAAACGGUCAUAUCUAUAUAACUUCAAUAGAAUGGAAGUAACAAUCUGCUGAAAGGUAACUGUGUAGCGUAUGAAUGAUCUUCACAGAGCAACUCGGGUAACACUCUGCCUCUUAUACUCCUCGAGGCUGGCUGCUAAGUGUACAUACACAUGAUGAUGCAUUAUAGAAGCUGUAUUUAAGGGGUGGGUAACCUUUUGCUCUUUUGUUUCUAUGCCACUAAAAUUGACAUGCCUCUGUACAAAUGUAUAUAACCUUUAUUACCCAUCAAAUUCUACAUGCUUUGUUCGAAAUAUGACGUGGAUUAUGAUGCAAUUAGC